AUGAUGCGCGCAGUAAAGAGAAGAGGAGCAGCCAUGAGGCAAGGAGCGGCCAAGAGGCAAGGAGCGGCCAAGAGGCAAGGAGCAGCCAAGAGGCAAGGAUCAGCCAAGAGGCAAGGAGCAGCCAAGAGGCAAGGAGCAGCCAAGAGGCAAGGAGCAGCCAAGAGGCAAGGAGCAGCCAAGAGGCAAGGAGCAGCCAAGAGGCAAGGAGCAGCCAAGAGGCAAGGAGCAGCCAAGAGGCAAGGAGCAGCCAAGAGGCAAGGAGCAGCCAAGAGGCAAGGAGCAGCCAAGAGGCAAGGAGCAGCCAAGAGGCAAGGAGCAGCCAAGAGGCAAGGAGCAGCCAAGAGGCAAGGAGCAGCCAAGAGGCAAGGAGCAGCCAAGAGGCAAGGAGCAGCCAAGAGGCAAGGAGCAGCCAAGAGGCAAGGAGCAGCCAAGAGGCAAGGAGCAGCCAAGAGGCAAGGAGCAGCCAAGAGGCAAGGAGCAGCCAAGAGGCAAGGAGCAGCCAAGAGGCAAGGAGCAGCCAAGAGGCAAGGAGCAGCCAAGAGGCAAGGAGCAGCCAAGAGGCAAGGAGCAGCCAAGAGGCAAGGAGCAGCCAAGAGGCAAGGAGCAGCCAAGAGGCAAGGAGCAGCCAAGAGGCAAGGAGCAGCCAAGAGGCAAGGAGCAGCCAAGAGGCAAGGAGCAGCCAAGAGGCAAGGAGCAGCCAAGAGGCAAGGAGCAGCCAAGAGGGCAAGGAGCAGCCAAGAGGCAAGGAGCAGCCAAGAGGGCAAGGAGCAGCCAAGAGGCAAGGAGCAGCCAAGAGGCAAGGAGCAGCCAAGCGGCCAAGGAAGCAGCAAAGAGGCAAGGAGCAGCCAAGAGGCAAGGAGCAGCCAAGAGGCAAGGAGCAGCCAAGAGGCAAGGAGCAGCCAAGAGGCAAGGAGCAGCCAAGAGGCAAGGAGCAGCCAAGAGGCAAGGAGCAGCCAAGAGGCAAGGAGCAGGGAAAACGGAGCUAUGUGGUAA